AUUUUUCAAGAUUCUGUUCAGGGAAUCAUAGAAGUGGAGCCUUUCAUUUUGCGCUUUAUUGACACACCGGAGUUUCAGCGGUUAAGAAGAUUACACCAACUUGGGCUUGCAAAAUACGUUUAUCCUGAUUGCACACAUACGAGGUUUGAGCACAGUCUUGGAACGUACCAUCUUGCACGGCGUUUAGUUGAGGCUAUACAGUCAGAUCCUCAGUGUGCCUCAGUGCGCCUUACUAACAGUGAACGCAUGUGUGUCAUGAUAGCCGCUUUGUGUCAUGACAUAGGUAUGGGUUUUGCAAUAUUCUUUGUACAUUGUUUCUUUUUGUUUUUUUCCCAUGAAAACAUGAGCUGUUUGAUCGUAAAGCGGAUCGUUGCAAAAGACCAUCCUUUACGAGAUUUUCUAAAGGCUAGUGGGGUGGAUCUUGAGCUUGUUUCUGCGCUGAUUUGUGGCCACCCAACUCCUGAACUUGUGGUACGCUUGAUAUAUUUUCUGAAUGCUGAUGCAGAUACACCUCCCAAAUUUCUCUGUAGUUCUGGAUGUUUACUUUUACAGAUAGUUUCGAAUACAUUAAACGGAAAUGAUGUGGACAAGUGGGACUACAUUAUGCGUGAUUCCCUUCAUGCAGGAAUGGGUCAGGGCCAAGGUGUUAUUGAAGUGGAGCGAAUGCUUCGUUUCUACCGUCCGGCCUACUACGCUUCCGACGAUGCUUGGCAUAUGUCAUUCAGGUCCUCAGAGUACUCAAAUAUUAUGCGCAUUUUCUCUCAACGUACCCGUCUUUUCCGCAGUGUAUAUGCUCACAAAACUGCACUGACGAUUGAAGCUAUGUUUAUUGACAUCCUUAAUGCCCUGGAAUCUACCCUGCACCUUCGCGAUCUGUCUCUGCGCGCCUGUGCUGGUGAUGACAAUGCCAUAGAAAAAUACCUGCAGCUAGACGAGCACUGUCUUUGGGUGAUGGCAUCGUCACAAUACCCACAUCCCUCUGAAGCCUCCUCUUUGAUCAAGGCGGAUUUGCUUCGCUCCACGCACCUCUGCCAACGCAUCGAGUUUCGACAACUCUACUCUUUUGUGGGAAAGUUUCUUGUAAUGGAGAAGAAAAAUCACAUGGAUGAAUACAAUCAUCAACACGCAAAGAAUGAGUCAGAUAUGGAUGAAUUGUUGGGCAAUGCAUCUGAGCCGAAAGACGUACUGGAUGUCAUUGAAGUAGAGGUAACGACCAGUUCCCUAACUUUUCAGUGA